AACACUGCAAACAUUCCCUUCUGCAAAGAGACAUACAGAAAAUCUACUCCCAGAAUGGUAGCCUGAUCGGAUUUAAAACUAAACAAAAAGUACUGAACAUUUUUGCUGUGUUUCUCAAUAUUUCUACAGUUUGAUCAUCUCUGACUGUAUCCAAAUGCCAGCCAGCAGUUCUGUUUCACAUUCGGCGAGCACAAGCAGUGGCUCAAAUCAUUCUCGAUCUAGGAGGUAUCGCACAAAGGCGUUAGGUUCCCAUGUUGACGAGACUUUAUUUGGCUCUCCUAAUAAGAAGCACGAUAAUGAGCGGGACAAUGCAGUGCUGUACAUGGAACCUGAAGAAGAAAGACGUAGGAAAACUAAUUCUGCUCCCGCGAAAGGCCAAAAACCCGAGACAAUUCGUAUCAUCAUGAAGGACCUAAUACGGAAUCUCAUUGUUCCCUCAGAAGACCCAUCGGGACUUUCUGUCAUCAUGUCUCCUUCAGAGUUCAGUCGGAUCAAGUCAGCUUCCUACUAUCUGACAAAGAAAGAGAGGGAGUCAUUUGAGCAGGCUUGGAAGGAGCAGAAAGAGGCAAUCAUGGAGGCAUCAAACGACCGAAAGAACUUCAUGAAGCAGCAGGAAAUGAAGAGGAGGAAGAAUGAGAAGUUGACAGAGUUGGAAGAGGAAGCACGCCAACGGGCUGAAUAUAUUUUACAGCAUGCCAAUGCCAUGAGGAUGGAGCAGGAAGAUGAGAUUAAGCAACUAAAUGAGGCUAUGCUGAGCUCCAAAUGUCAUGCCAUCCGUGAUGCCCAGAUCCUGGAAAAACAGCAAAUACUCAAGGAGAUGCAAGAGGAGGAGAAGCGAUUAGAUGAAAUGAUGGAAGUUGAAAGGCAGCGAGCUCUGGUAAUGCAGGAGCAGAUUGAGGAAAUGAGGAAACAGGAGAGAAUCAGAGGGAAACAACAGAUUAUACAACAAAUGCAAGAAAAUGAAGUGGAACGUCUGCUGGUUCAGGAACAGAGGGAACAGGAUGCAAGGCAUAUGGCAGAACUACUAGAUGACCUGCAGCUACAAGAGUUGAAGCACCUACAGGAGAAGCGUCAGCAGCAAAGAGAACUCAGACAAGAAAUUAACAAGAUCAACAGUGAGCAGCAAAACAGAAGAGAGAUGUUGAAGGAACAGGAGAAGUUGGCUGAUCUGAAAGUCCUGGAGUACAUGAAGCAGAAAACGGAGCGGGAAGCAGAGUAUGAGGCAGAGCAAGAAAAGAUUCGGAAGGAAAAGGAGAAAGAAGUUGCCCGUUUAAGAGCCCUGCAGGAACGUGCCCGUGAUCACCGUGCUGAACAGGAUGCACUAAGGGCAAAACGCAGUCAGGAAGCAGCAGAGAGGCAGUGGCGGAAGAAGGAAAAAGAGGAAGCACAGAAGAAAGCAGAAACAGAAGCCAUGCUAAAACAAGCUCGAUCAGAGCAGGUGGCCCUUAAAGAACAUUACCUGUCAGUGGAGGCUCAGAGGGAGAGAAACGAGUUCAGCAGGGUGCUUGGAGCUCAGAUUGCAGAGAUUGAAAAAGAGAAAAAGGAGUUGGAGGAAAGAAUGAAUCUUCGCCAGCAGCAUGCAUAUGAACUGAGGAACCAGGUGCGAGAGCGUGAGCAGAAGCACAUUCAAGAUCGAAUGGCAUUCUUUGAAGAGGGAAAGCGGCUUGAUGAAGAGGCAAAGCAGAGACGGGCACGUUUAGAUGAAUACAAGAAGAAGAAACUGGAUGAGCUCAGGGCUGUAGGCCUUCCAGAAAAGUACUGUGCACAUGUAGAGAGAAGAAUUAAUGCACAACCAGCCCUUGCAUAAAGCUGAUGAAAGCAGCAUAGAAAGAGACAAACGGCACAAACAACAGGGUGCUACACAGCGGCAUGGCGUACAAUCCUUGGAUCUAAAAUGUCUCCAGAUAGAUGAUCUUCAAAUCAAAUGAUUAUUUUAAUAGAAUAUACUACUACAAAGAAAAUAUGCAAAAUAAGCCAUGAUUACCCUAUUGGUUUAAUAUACAUUUUGCACAGUAUAUCUUGCAAAAUAUUUAAAAGUUUGUAAACAGUAGAUUCUAAGUGGCAACAUAAUCAAAAAAAUGUAUCUUGGUCAUAGAAUGUGUCACACCACACUGCUAUGUUUUUCUUCCUGGAAUGCAAAAAUAAAGGCAACAUCUCA